UAGUGGCUGGGUCAAAACUGUAUAAAAAGGCAACGGCUACAAUACCGUUUAUCUCACACACUCUUCCUUUCUUCUAUAUCGUCACUGGUUUAUCGGACCAAAAUGUUCGGUCCCUCACUCACUGUUGUGGUGUGGUGAUAACACAUAACAUACCACAUACAUCGAUAUCGGAAAAGGCCACAAUCCCAUUAUUCUUCUCAAUUCUUCCGCAAUUCAUCACCCUCUCUGCGACCAUCCUUUCCUUUUAAGCUCUUCAUUCUCUCACUUUUUCCUUUGGUUCUUUCCUCUUGGUAAGAGUCCCCUCUCGCUUGCUUCUCUUCCACCAUUUAUUCGAGAGUUAUUGUUUUUGUUUUUGUUAUUACCGUUCCUCUUCAUUUCCAUCAUCCAUUCCCACAGUACAAUCAAAAUUCCCUUCUGGGCAUCUCAAAAACAGGUUUGUUUAUUUGGGUUGUAUCAUAAAAAAAAUUCGGAGUAAAGCAGAAAACUAACAAGCAAAUUGGGAACCCGGGACAAGGAAAAAAAAGGUAAAAAAGUGAUUGACUUUGAAAGAUGUCAAUUGCUGAGUUUGCUUUGAGUUCAGUUUUCGAAGAGAAGGGGCAAUGGGAAGGGCAGCCGGGACAUUGUUAUGGUGAGCCAAUCUUGAUUUACCUCACUGUGGAUGGCGCUGUAACCCCAAUGCGCGUGUUGGAGUCUGAUUCCAUUGCUUCGGUGAAACUGAGAAUUCAACAGUGGAAAGGCUUCGUGGUGAAAAAGCAGAAGUUGGUUUUCGGUGGCAGAGAGCUAGCUCGGAGUGGCACUCUUAUCAAGGAGUAUGGUGUCGCUGACGGUAAUGUUCUUCACAUGGUUCUUCGCCUCUCUGAUCUUCUUUUCAUUGUUGUGAGAACCGUUUCUGGGAAGGAGUUUGAGUUCCACAUCGACAGACACCGAAAUGUGGGUUAUCUGAAACAACGCAUUAAAAAAAAAGGGGAAGGUUUCAUUGAUCUUGAGGAUGAUCAAGAGCUUUUCUGCAAUGGUGAGAAGCUUGAUGAUCAGAGAGUCUUCCAUGACAUAUGCAAGAGUGACGACGAUGUGAUUCAUUUGAUAAUUAAGAAAUCGGCCAAGAUUAGGACCACUCCGAUUCAGAAGGAUUUGAAGCUCUCCGUGAAGGCACCAGGUGAAAUAGUGAAACAUAAUAGGGACAAACAUGUUCACAUAGCAAAUGUGCCACCUGACGUAUGUUUCUGGUUGGAACCAAUUAUUCUGAAUCCCAAGAUCAAUUUUUUUCCUUUCCUCUGGGAUAUGAUAAACUCCACAUUUGAAGGUUUGAAGAGAGGAAACGAUCCUAUUAGGUCCUCUGAGGGCACUGGAGGGACUUACUUCAUGCAAGAUUCAACAGGUCAGGAGUAUGUUUCUGUUUUUAAACCAAUGGAUGAGGAACCGAUGGCUGUGAACAACCCAAGAGGUCUUCCAAGUUCAACCAAUGGCGAAGGUUUGAAAAUAGGGACAAAGGUUGGUGAAGGAGCCUUGAGGGAAGUUGCAGCAUACUUGUUGGAUCAUCCAAAGAGUGGGCCACGUUUGUUAUCAGGUGAAGAAGUAGGCUUUUCUGGUGUUCCCCCUACUGUUAUGGUGCAGUGCCUACACAAAAAGUUUAACCACCCAAAUGGGUUUUCUUGCUCCUCAAAAGAUGUUAAGAUCGGAUCACUGCAGAAGUUCACUAGUAAUGAUGGUAACUGUGAGGACUUCGGACCCUGGGCUUUCCCAGUGGAGGAAGUGCAUAAGAUUACUGUGCUUGAUAUAAGAUUGGCCAAUGCAGACAGGCAUGGUGGGAAUAUAUUGAUCAGAAAGGAAGCAGGUGGCAAGAUAAAGCUCAUUCCUAUUGAUCAUGGCUAUUGUCUACCAGAUAAAUUUGAAGAUUGCACAUUUGAUUGGCUUUACUGGCCGCAAGCUCGUCAGCCUUACUCUCCUGAGACAAUUGAAUAUAUAAAUUCUCUGGAUGCUGAAAAAGACUUGGAACUUUUAAAAUGUUAUGGCUGGGAUAUGCCUCUUCAGUGUGCUAGAACACUUCGCAUUUCCACAAUGUUGCUGAAGAAAGGUGUUGAGAGAGGCCUUACUCCCUACGAAAUAGGAAGCAUAAUGUGUCGGGAAAAUUUGAACAAGGAAUCUGUGAUUGAACAGAUUAUUGGGGAAGCCCAAGAUUCCUUGCAUCCAGGCAUGGAGGAACAAGAAUUUCUUGAAGCCAUCUCGCAAAGCAUGGAUUCCCACCUUGAGAAGCUUGCAAAGUAGACUCUCUUUUUCUGGGUUAUAGGUGUAUUCAGUGUAUGAGUCCAUUUUGUGAUGGACUGCAGGUUGCAUAAACUGUGAUAUGGUUUGAUGUGUUCUAGACAUAGGCCUCAUCAUCAUGUUCUUGUCUAUUUUUGGAUGAUUCUUUGAACUUUUUUUCAGGAUUGUAAUGUCGUGCUGAACAUAAAGCAAGGGUCUAAAUAAGAUGUAUUAUACUAAGGGUUCAUAUAUCAAUAGUAGAACUGUACGAGCUGUGACAAAGAACUGAAUCUGUCACAUGUACAUAAUAAAUGUUACACGUUAGGUGUCACCCCCUGAAAAUGUAAAAUCUUAGUAGGACUUGUCUCUAUAUGAUAAGGGAACAAACAAAAACAUGCAAGUAUUGGAAUGAUUGUAUAAUUUAAAUCUUAAACAUAAA